UAAGUGAGCUCUCCAAGGUCCUGGACUGGAUAUUCAUUCCAUUAGGGAGCUCUGGGUUUCCACAAAACCCGGACUGGAUUCUUGAUCAUUUCUUUGUUUUUGGAGGCAAUAUCCUCACUAUAAUUCCCUCUCAUUUUAUACAGUAUAUAUUUUUAUCUGUGUUGUCAUUCUCUCCUGACGUUUCGCCCAGGCAUCCUCAGAGAUCUGUUGGAAACUAGGGCUAGCUAACACCUCCCAACCAAGGAUUCCCCCAGACAGGAGGAAGCCUUUGGGUUUGAGAAAAUGCAAUGACGGGGUGAUGGGUGUUGUAGUCCAGUGUUCCAGAAGCAAUGCAUUGAGUUUGAAUGUGGAUGAACUGGGGGUGAUGGGUGUUGUAGUCCAGUGUUCCAGGAGCAAUGCAUUGAGUUUGAAUGUGGAUGAACUGGGGGUGAUGGGUGUUGUAGUCCAGUGUUCCAGAAGCAAUGCAUUGAGUUUGAAUCUGGAUGAACUGGGGGUGAUGGGUGUUGUAGUCCAGUCUUCCAGAAGCAAUGCAUUGAGUUUGAAUGUGGAUGAACUGGGGGUGAUGGGUGUUGUUGUCCAGUGUUCCAGGAGCAAUGCAUUGAGUUUGAAUGUGGAUGAACUGGGGGUGAUGGGUGCUGUAGUCCAGUCUUCCAGAAGCAAUGCAUUGAGUUUGAAUGUGGAUGAACUGGGGGUGAUGGGUGUUGUAGUCCAGUGUUCCAGGAGCAAUGCAUUGAGUUUGAAUGUGGAUGAACUGGGGGUGAUGGGUGUUGUAGUCCAGUGUUCCAGAAGCAAUGCAUUGAGUUUGAAUCUGGAUGAACUGGGAGUGAUGGGUAUUGUAGUCCAGUCUUCCAGAAGCAAUGCAUUGAGUUUGAAUGUGGAUGAACUGGGGGUGAUGGGUAUUGUAGUCCAAUGUUCCAGGAGCAAUGCAUUGAGUUUGAAUGUGGAUGAACUGGGGGUGAUGGGUAUUGUAGUCCAGUCUUCCAGGAGCAAUGCAUUGAGUUUGAAUGUGGAUGAACUGGGGGUGAUGGGUAUUGUAGUCCAGUGUUCCAGGAGCAAUGCAUUGAGUUUGAAUGUGGAUGAACUGGGGGUGAUGGGUAUUGUAGUCCAGUCUUCCAGGAGCAAUGCAUUGAGUUUGAAUGUGGAUGAACUGGGGGUGAUGGGUAUUGUAGUCCAGUGUUCCAGGAGCAAUGCAUUGAGUUUGAAUCUGGAUGAACUGGGGGUGAUGGGUUUUGUAGUCCAAUGUUCCAGGAGCAAUGCAUUGAGUUUGAAUGUGGAUGAACUGGGGGUGAUGGGUGUUGUAGUCCAGUGUUCCAGGAGCAAUGCAUUGAGUUUGAAUGUGGAUGAACUGGGGGUGAUGGGUGUUGUAGUCCAAUGUUCCAAGAGCAAUGCAUUGAGUUUGAAUCUGGAUGAACUGGGGGUGAUGGGUGUUGUAGUCCAGUGUUCCAGGAGCAAUGCAUUGAGUUUGAAUCUGGAUGAACUGGGGGUGAUGGGUGUUGUAGUCCAGUGUUCCAGGAGCAAUGCAUUGAGUUUGAAUCUGGAUGAACUGGGGGUGAUGGGUGUUGUAGUCCAGUGUUCCAGGAGCAAUGCAUUGAGUUUGAAUCUGGAUGAACUGGGGGUGAUGGGUGUUGUAGUCCAAUGUUCCAUGAGCAACAUGUUGGAUCAGAGAUAAGACUGAUGAUGGGUGUUGUAGUCCCAACGAUUCCAGGAGCAAUGCAUUGGGUUUGAGAAAAUGUUGAUGAACGGGGGUGAUGGGUGUUGUAGUCCAAUGUUCCAGGAGCAACACAUCAGGUCACGGAUAAGACUGCUGAUGGGUGUUGUACUCCAAUGUUACAGGAGCAACACAUCAGGAUUGAGAUAAUGCAGAUGACUGGGGUGAUGGGUGUUGUAGUCCAACGUUCCAAGAGCAACACGUUGGGUCAGAAAGAAGGCUGAUGAUGGGUGUUGUAGUCCAAUGUUCCAGGAGCAAUGCAUUGGGUUUGAGAAAAUGCUGAUGAACGGGGGUGAUGGAUAUUGUAGUCCAAUGUUCCAGGAGCAACACAUUGGGCCAGAGAGAAGGCUGAUGAUGGGUUUUUUAGUCCAAGAAGUUUAUGCAAGGGGGUCACUAUCUAUAUUUGGUCAGCGAUGAAAGGAAAAAUGCAAAGACAAGGAACAAAUUGCACUUUUUUGCAUCAUGUUUCUGUACUUUGUUUACUUCCCGGAACCAAAACGUCUUUUCCUGUUUUCCGGUUCUAGGCUCAAUUCUUACAAAACCCAGUUGUGCAAACAGGGCUGGCGCUUCCUCCCUCCCCGCCUUGCAAAGAGAUAGCCGCUUAUUGCUCCCUUGGGUGCCAUGUCUCGCUUUUAAAAAGACACCAAACGGCAUUGAAAGAGGCUUUAAAUGGACCAGAGGGCUCUCUUUGGAGUCCCUUCCAACUCUAGGGUGUGUGUGUGUGUGAGUGCAACUACUUUUUCUAUGGCUGGAUGGCCAUCUGUCGGGAGAGAUCAGACAGUGCCUUCUUAUAUGUCAGAAAGGGCUUGGGCUGGAUGGCUUUUAGGGUCAUAAUAAUAAUAAUAAUAAUAAUAAUAUAUUAAAAUAAUAAUAAUAAUAAUAAUAAUAAUAAUAAUAAUAAUAAAUUAUUAUUGGGUCCCCUCA